AUGGCACCAUCAACAAAAUCCGCCAAGGGCAAGCAGGCCAAGGUCACUAACAAGUUCAUCAUCAACGCUUCGCAACCUGCAAGCGACAAGAUCUUCGACGUCUCCGCCUUCGAGAAGUUCCUUCAAGACAAAAUCAAGGUUGACAAUCGUGUCGGAAACCUCGGCGAUGUUGUGUUGAUCAAGAAUCUCGGUGAUGGGAAGAUCGAGGUCACUGCGCACACCCAGUUCUCUGGACGAUACCUCAAGUACUUGACAAAGAAGUUCCUCAAGAAGCAGCAGUUGAGAGAUUGGCUCCGUGUUGUCUCGACCUCCAAGGGUGUUUACGAGCUUCGAUUCUUCAACGUUGUCAAUGAUGCCGAUGAGGAGGAGGAUGAGUAGAGGGUCGAUUGAGAUGGACGUCGCGAUGGAUAGUGAAUGAGGAUAUCGAGCAUAGAUAGCUUGCCAAUGCCAAGCUGCUUCUAUUCCUGUCACAAUGGCCUGUAUCAGAAAGAACUACUCUGUGACUACACUUCAAGCUCUUUACAGUCCCCC